AUCGAAGGAGCUCGCAAACGCGGCCUGCGAUGACUUCAAGCGGAAAGCAAGUUGCUCUACCACGUUCAUGAGCCCUGGACAUACUGAUUACGCUUUACAUGUCCAUUGAUUUACAGGCUAUCGAUGAAGCGAAGAAGCGUGCAGUCGCGCAGCGCGUGGACUAUGACACCUUCAAGAAUAUGGUGCUGACCGCGCACCUGAAGCCGAUCACGGCGCCAAAACAGCUCAACAAUGACCGGCCGCUGCCUUGCUGGAGCUUCGGCGUGGACGGGAAGAUGCUUAAAGAGCAGAUCAGCCAGUCACAGCUGCCACCAACCACACCCACGGAAGUCCCAACCACGAGUGGCGACUUCACACGGGACUGGCGCCGCAACUGCCCCACGCCGGACGACAAGUACCGCUACCUGAAGCUGUGCGGGCCGGAGGGGCUGCAGGCGGUGUUCCGAGUGGAGAUCAGCGCCGAGGUGCUGCGCGAGAUGCUGGCGGUGCUGGAAGCGUGCUGGCUGGGGCACGGCGGUGUCGCAGAGGAGGCGGAGGGUGGUGCCGGCGCGGCGCUCCUGGAGGCGGCCUUUGUCGUGCAGGUGCUGGAAGCCGUGUCGAGUAAGUGCUGUGCUCUCUGGAAGGGAGGGCUGCGUGGAUAGCUGAUGCGGACAAAAGGGGAUGACCAGAC